AUGUCAGUCGAAGCAAAAACAUUCACGAACAAAUCUAAUGGCGAAACAUUCACAAAAGGCACUUAUAACGGUAUUGAAGUCUUACGUAGAGACAAGGAUGGUUACAUUAAUGCAACAAAGAUGGCAAGAGAAGCAGGAAAGUUAAACCAUUUAAACAGAUUUCUCAAUAGUGCUAAAAUGCAGGAAAUUCUUGAGUUUUGGUUGAAAGAAUACGGUCGAGCCAAAAGUGGCUCGACCUCAAAACAAGCAUUUUAUGAGCUUACUAAGGGUGUUAUAAAUGAAUUCAAAGGUAUUUACAUACAUCCUGACCUCGUUCAUUUUGUUGCUGAAUGGUGCUCUGUAAAGUAUGCAUUUUAU